UUCAUGCACCAAGAGCUUGUAACACUCCAAAGAGAAAGGAAAAAUUGAAAUCGCAUCAUAUGACCCCUUUAAUAAUAUAUGAAUGUGCCAAAGCCACACUUCACUUACACCAUUUGUGUUUACGUAAACAAGUAAAGAUGUAUACUUUUGUACAUGUCUCCUCCCUCUUCCUGCCUUUCUCCUCUUUGUCUGCAGCAAAGACAUUUCUGAAUGGCCAGAUGAAUUACACUGAAAAGGGCAGACAAGAGCAACUGCAAGUGAUGUCAACGAAUGAGCCACUGAUUUAUUUAUGAACAUAGCAAAAUGACAUUUUAACAGUCAAACACAGCUGUUGACUCAGUCACAAAGGAUCAUCCAGUGUUGUUUCCUUGAAGACUGAUGGUUAGUCUGAUUUGUGAAAACACUGCUUUGUACAGAAUGACCUCCAAAACAGCUCUUCUCCUCCACACCCACUCUGAGGUCUCAAACCACCAUGCAAUCACUACAGUGGACAUUGUAGCCAUUAUGAACAGGGUUAGCAUUGUCUUCCUCACUAUCAUUGUUCUCCUCGGGACCAUUGGGAACUCUGUGGUCAUCUGGGUGGCCGGCUUCCGCAUGAAACCCAAAGUCACUAACAUAUGGCUGGUCAAUCUCGCUGUAGCAGACCUGAUCUUCUGCCUGACACGAGUCACAUCACUCAUCUCAAGUAUAUUCUUUGACCACUGGCCUUUUGGAGUUUUUCUCUGCAAGUUCAAUGGUUUCUUCAAGUAUGCCAACAUGUUCUGCAGUGUUUUUCUUCUGGCUGUCAUCAGUGUGGAUCGAGCGCUCUGCAUUUGCUGCCCAGUGUUCACCAGAGAACGACGGACGUUAUGUGCUGCUCGUGUGGUCAGUGUGGGAGUUUGGAUUGUGGCGGUGAUGUUCAGUUCACCAUACUUUGUGUACCGACAGGUCUUCCUCAAGAACAACUUGAGCCACUGCUCAUUCAAGGAGAAAGGAGCAGAAGAAACAGGUGGCAGUUCAGCAAAGUAUAUCUACUACUGCAUUCGUUUCAUCUGUGGAUUCUUGUUGCCCUUCCUGGUCAUCCUUAUCUGUUACAUACUAGCUGCUGUUGGGAUACGCAGAACGCGGCUCUCUGGAAAAUCAAGGCCUCUUCGGAUUCUUGUCGUAUUGGUCUGUGCCUUUUUCUUAUGCUGGGCCCCCUACCACGCUGUAGCACUGGUCAAGUUGGUGGAUAAAAACAACAAGGCAGUAAAAGAAGGAUGGGCUAUGGUUUCAAACGUAGCUUAUUUCAACAGCUGCAUUAACCCAGUUCUGUAUUUCUGCAUGGGACUGGAUUUUAGUCAGCGCUGCAACCAAAGUUUGUCUGGGAUUUUUCGCAGAGCACUUAUGGAGGAAGGCCAAAGUCUCUCACAGCAAGGCACUAGAGAAGAAAAAUGUAAUUCCAUUCCAAAGACUGCAGAUACUGAGUAUGAAACUAAAGUUUAAGUGCUUAAUAUCUAACAUCUAGAUUAAUAUUUAACCAAAUGAAAAGUUAAUGCACCUCAGUGUCUUCUAGCUAGCUUGAAGCAGUAGAUGGAGCCUUUAUAUUGCAAAAUGCUCAAAUUAAGGUAAAUUUUAUGUAAUUUUCUCAUACAAAAUGUUUAUGUGAUAACUGUACGUUUUUAUGGUUAUGUUUGCCUACACGUUUGUUUGUUAAUUAACAGGCAGGAAGAGAAAAUAUUGUGAAAAGGGUACAAUUUUUCGACCAGGAUUGCAUUAUGACUG